AUGAAGGAAAUUGUUGAGUAUGCUCGACAAUUUGAGAUUAAAGUGGUUUCAGAGUUUGAUAUCCCGGAUCACGCAUCUGCUAUAGCGAUGGCGUAUCCCAAGCUAAUCGCAGAGCUUUGCGAUGAUUAUAUUAUAGAGCGCAAAUGGGGUGUUUUUGAGCCCUUCCUAUACCCAGCGUUGCCCGAAGUGUAUAAUUUUAUUACCAAAAUCAUGAAGGAGGCCACAAGCAUCUUUACAGACGAGUAUAUACACAUUGGCGGCGACGAGAUCAACCCUAAGCAGUGGACAGAAGGUGCAACAAUACAAGCAUUCAUGAUUGAGGAGAAUCUUGCUGAUGAUUUAGUGUUGCUCGCUAGUUUUAAUGCGCGCCCACAAGCAGCCUUGAUGCAUUACCGUAAUGAGGAGUUGCCACAUGCGCUUCGAGUUGACGAUGCGGUUACGAGCGGCGAAACGUGGGAGACUUGGCAAUUCAUGGCACCGCGCAAGCGUGGCAGUGAAGUGCACGGAGAUUUCACUCUCCUACCGGUCAACUUGCGGUAUCAAACAUGGCAUAUUCUGUUUACCUUCCUGAUUGUUCUCACGGCUAACGAAGAAAAACUUAUCAAGGGCGGAGAGGUCACACUGUGGGGCAAAAUAAUAAAGGAGGAUACCAUUGAUGUGCGUAUGUGGCCUCGUUCGUACGUCAUUUCUGAGCAAUUAUGGUCGUCGAUUAAUCUCAUUGAUGAAGAUAGUAAACUGCCCGAGGCUGUCGAACAAGCGCAGUACUAUCACAGACAUCACGAGAAAUCCGCAAAUGAAAACUACGACCAAUUUGAUCCCUUGAAUAGAUUCGCAGACAGUCUACCCCCUGAAAUCAAGACGGCGAUGAUCCAGACGCUGAACAACUCGUGGACAGAUAAGUACGAGGCGGUGUCUUUCUUGAACACUAACAACUAUCUCUUGACCGAUAACAACUAUCUCUUGACCGCUAACAACUAUCUCUUGACCGCUAACAACUAUUGA